UAUUCAGAAGAAAGCAGUAUUUGUUCCAUUUUGAAACUUGUUGCAAUAAAGCAGUUGCUAAUCUGCUGACCAUGAAGCACACACUGCUAUUCUGCCUUUGGACUGCCUUCUUCAUAAGCCUCGUAAACUGCGACUGCGUGACAGACUGCGAGAACACGUUCACCGCAGCAGUCCAAUAUGAAGCCAUCCUCACACAGGCCAGACUCUGCACACUUGUGAACCAAUACGUAACAUGUAUCGAGACAUCUUGUCAUGCAGAUUUUACACCAUAUAAAAACGCGCUGCAGCAAAAGCUGAAAAGUUUGGGCUACACUUGUGACCUGAAUGUCGCCUCCAGGACCCUGUCUGGCAGUCUUCUCACUGUUUCUGGCGCCAUGCUGCUCACUGCUUACAGAAUCCUCAACCUUUGAUCCUCUGUAGAAGGUUGCACCAUCAUCACACAGUAGACGAGGUAUACUGUUCUCACCAUUUGUUCCAAGUGCAUGGAGCGGAAAAAGUAACCAAACAAAUACUGACAAAAUGCUAGCCUAACAAACUGGAGUGUGUUAAGUUCAUUAAGACCGGUUUUAACCUUUGGGAAAGUAGGGAUAAAGUUUAACCAAGAUGUUUGUAUAAACCGUCAUGUAAAUUAUUUUUCUGCACUUAUCGUUCGGUUAAGAAUGAUCUUUAGUUUUAUUCAUGGCGCUUUCUUUAGUGAUCCUCUCUUGUCAUCAUUGU